AUGUCUGGGAUGUGUAAAAACUCCGAAUCUCUAACUCCUAUCUAUUUUUGGUUUCUGCAAGUUCUGAUUUUGUGGGGAGCGUUGGCUGCAAUAAUACUGCUGAGUAUAACUCCAAAUAGUCCCAUUUACACAAUCACCGACGUUCGUGGGAAUUUUUCAUUACUAAACCAAACUAGCUUCAUCAGAAACAACUCUUUGAUCUUCAACAUCGAAAUCUCAAACCCGAAUAACAGAAUCGGUGUUUAUUUUGAUUAUAUUCACAUGACCCUAAAUCAUAACGGUUCUACAGUUGGAAACGAGCAGCAUGUACCGGGUUUCUACCAAGGCUUCAAGUGGACUACUCCAUGCAAAGUUGCAGUGAAAGCUGACCAAAAGUUUCUCAAAUGGGUUGCAGGAGGUGGGACUACUGAAUUGAGGGUCGGAUUGAAGACAGUAGUUCGGUAUGAGAUAUUUGGAUGGAAGACAAAGCAUCAUCCAAUGAAUGUUGCAGCACGUGUUCCUAUUUUUUCCUAUAGAAAUAUAAUAGCGGGAAAGAUGAUGAACAUAACGCUUCACCAUCAACGCAUUUGA